AUGAAUAGUGCGAGAGAAGAAAAUGAAAAAGAGAUAGAUAGACAGACAAGAAAGUGUUACAGAAAAAAGCAGGAAAAACUGAGCAAAGUGAGAAAAAGAAUCAAAAAAUGGAAAGAGAAAAAAUUAAAAAGUGUAAAAGAAACGCGCAAAAACCGCUGCAGAAUGCACGAGAUAUUAUUCAUAGCAAAAAAAUAUUCCCUACUAUCGCCUGACCUAAUACUGAUAUUUUUACAAAUCCCGGAGGUGUUACGGUCCAUGGGGCCGAGGACCUCGAUACAAAUCGGUAAAAACUCCAUCGAGGGGAGAGCUCCGUCGUACUUUUUGAUCUUCUCGUCAGAUGCCCGGGUUGCAGCCAAACCGCUUUCUUUGCUACCACAACAGCCACGACAGCCACAACAGCCACAAAGCAGUUGUUAA